CGUGCGCAUUUACGUCACAGCGUAUACACACACGACGCUUCUGUUCUCUGUUCUAAAACAUCGAGCACUAACCGUCAAAUCCAAAUAUAUUACACUGUCAGUGCAUGCAAUCCAACCAUGGAUUACUACAACGUUCUGAAAGUGAACAGAUACGCAACAGAAGAAGAGUUAAAAACAUCUUACAAAAGAUUAGCUUUAAUACAUCACCCAGACAAACAUCCUCCUGAAAAAAGAAUCGAAGCUGAACACAGAUUUAUUCUCAUUUCUCAAGCUUAUGAUAUUCUCAGUAAUCCCGUAAAGCGGAAAAUCUACGACCAAUACGGUGAAGAAGGCCUUCAAUACGGUGGCGCCGCCCCUCCCCAACAUUCUUCUUCUUCUCGCCAACAUUGUUCUUCUUCUCGCCGCAACGCUCAAUCUUCAACGUAUCAGUGUAACCCUCGUUCUGCUGACGAUAUUUACAAUGAUUUCUUUCGUCGUGAGAAUGGUUCGGAAGUUUUGAAAAAUUUGAAAAAGAAAGAUGAUCCUAUUGAGAGAAUGUUGUUUUUCACUCUUGAAGAAUUGUAUAAUGGGACAAGUAGAAGGGUAAAGAUUACCAGAACCGUAAUUAAUAAUGCUGGGUAUAGUAAUAUUGAGGAGGAGGUGUUGACUGUUGAUGUAAAAGCUGGAUGGAAAAAAGGGACAAAGGUUACUUUCAACGAGAAGGGUGACAAGAAACCUGGCAUCAUCCCAGCUGAUAUUGUUUUUGUGAUCGGAGAGAAACCACACGCUCGUUAUACUAGGAAUGGAAAUGAUCUUGUGAUUACAGAAAAGAUAACUGUGGCGGAUGCUCUCACAAAUAAAACAUUGGAAAUCCCUGCUUUGGAUGGGAGGAGUCUUUUGAUCCAGUUGCCAAAUGUAGUCACACCUGACUAUGAGCACAAAGUCCCCAAUGAAGGGAUGCCAAUAACCAAACAACCAGGGAGGAAAGGGACUUUAAAAAUCAAAUUUGACAUCAAGUAUCCCUCAAGGUUAACUCCUCAGCAAAAAUCUGAUCUAAGGAGUGUCUUAAGUUGAAUGGUGUAAAAUUUUGGGGAUGCACAUUUUGAAUAUAUGAUGUGAAGGGCUAGAAUAGCAGUGAGGCAUACUUGAGUUUUGGGACUAUUUGCAGGGUAGGAAUUGUGAGUUAAUGAUAGGAGGCACCAAAUUUUACUAGCUAGUUUUUCUUUUGAUUAAACUUUUGGUUUUUGAGUCUUGGAUGACAAUGAAGUUUACACAAUCUAAUUUACUUAUUAGGGGUGGUUUGAUUGAUA